UUUCCAGCCAAGUACAUGGCCGACAACGGCUGCCAUAGCCGGCAUGAUCUACAAACGUCGUCACUGUGUAGAGUAGGAAAAUCUUUUUCACGUCGAUAUAAAACGCCACUCAAGCAUGAAUCGCGUCGAGUAUAAUUAUACGUUGCAGAAAAAAUAUGACUUUGUGUGCUUCUUUUACAAUGCUAAGAAAAGAAUAUAACAAGUGUCGCUAGUAGAAUACAUUCGAUGUUGCAUAACCAAUGGAAAUUAUCCGAUGCAAAUAACCAUGCACGGUCAUGUCAACGAAACCAUAAACCGCAGACCCAGUCAUGGCCAGCCUUGAUUAAGUGAGAACCACCGCGCGCGGUGUUGCAGUUAGCCAAUUACCGGUAAAUUCCUCAAGUGGACGGUUCAGGCUUACAUCAUUCGCGGUGCCGUUUGCGGUUAGAGAACCGGUUCCCGCACGGGGUGAGUGUAUAAAAGCCCAGCGUCCAGCCGUUGGAAAAAUGUGUCGGACACAAGAGAGGAAAGACGAACUGCUCAGAAUGACCAGCGACGAGGCUCAUCACACGGAUGAUGAGGGCCGUUUAACAUGUAAACUGCUAAUGCUGGUGGUCGCGCUAGCAUUCGGGACGUGGUUCCCUAUUGGAUUCGCUAUGGGCAUUGUCAAUGCGCCGCAACGGGAGAUUAUUCACUGGAUUAGACAGGUGAAGUGUCAGAGAUUAGGCGAGACACCGGAGCCAGCCGCAGCCGGGAUUAUUGUCAAUGGAUCGGCUGUCGGCGACACGAAUGUUUUAUGCAACAGAACAGUUGCCGCUUUUAGCGAAGACGCCGAUGACGUCACCUUAUGGUGCAGUAACAUCGACGGCACUAGUCAAGCGGACCUUCUGGCAUCCAACACCGAGUUAAACACAAUCUGGGCACUGGUGGCAUCCCUUAUGCCGUUGGGUUCCUGCAUCACCGUGUGGUUUAUGAACUACCUCAUUAAUACACACGGCAGCAAGAAAACGCUGUUAUUUACCAAUAUCUUCGGUAUUGUGGGAGCGGUUCUAUCAGGGAUAUGCCGAUUGGUUGCAUCAUUCGAAGUGCUCAUUGUGGGCCGCAUCAUCAUCGGGAUGAAUAUAGGAUUAGCUAUUGCUAUUGUUCCUUUGUAUGUUGCCGAAAUCAGCCCCUCAAAUUUGCGCGGAAUGAUGGGCACAAUACCGGGGCUGUUUUUGGUAACCGGCACACUUAUUGCCAACAUAUUUGGUCUUCGCGAACUCUUAGGUACUACCGAGUGGUGGCCGUAUCUAUCCUUUGUCCUUCUUGUUCCUUACUUUUCCCUCUGGGGAACACUACCCUUCUUUCCCGAAAGCCCACGCUUUCUGCUCAUUAAUAAGCGCGACCAAAAAUCAGCCAAGAAAGCACUGGUAUGGCUACGUGAUAAAUCUGAUGUUACCGGCGAAAUCAAAAUGAUCCUAACGGAACGCGACCACGACGGCGAUACUCCAGAAGGAAUAUCCAUUACCGGCUUUUUCGGCAAUGCACUGCUCCGUUCCACCGUCUUUCUUUCGUGUAUCAUCAUCCUCAGCCAGCAGUUAACCGGCAUCGGAGCCUUUCUGGUGUAUUCAACCGGGAUAUUUACCGCUGCCGGGUUGCCGGAAUCGGAUGCAAUUUGGGGUACCGUGGGGUUGAUGGGUCUACAGAUAAUAGCCGUGCUAGCGGCAUUGUUGCUCAUGGAUCGAGCCGGCAGGAAAAUACUGCUGGUCAUCGGAUACGCCGGGGCGGUUCUCACCAAUGGGACUAUGGUGGGAGCCAUGACCUAUGCCACCGAGGAACACCCAGGGGCGCAAUAUAUCAGUAUCGGAUGCGUUCUCGUGUUUAUGAUCGUGUAUAACUUGGGGCCAGCAUUUGUGCCGUGGAUCCUUGUAUCAGAGAUGUUCGAGAAGCGGACCAGUGGGGUAGCGAUGAUGGUCGUCUCGACGUGCAGUCAUUUAGCCGGCAUCGCCAUCGUCUUCCUGUUCCCCAUUCUCCAUGCCGCCAUGGAUGAGUGGGUUUUUGCGGCCUUUGCCGUUUGCUCGGGACUGUUCGCCCUCUUCGUCUGGUCGCAUGCCGUAGAAACAAAGGGCAAAACGUUCGAAGAAAUUCAGACGGAACUGCACUCGCGCUACAAAUAAAAGCAAUCAUAAUAAAAUUUUUGUUCUUGGUUUGUACAUAUCAACUGUCUGUUCAGCUCAAGAAUUUUUGUAGUGUUUGUGUUUGUUGUUCUGUAUAUAUUGCACAUUAGCACAAAGUACUACAAGUAUCCCUAGUGCUUCGCAUUAUCGCGACUGCACCGGCAUUUCCCAGUUUCAGGUCCGUCUCACCAGCGCAUUGCUCAAAUUGUGAUAGAAAUUACUAUUGCUCUGUUGCAUUUUGUCUGUACAGGAAUUCGGUUGCAAUAUUGGUUCAAAACCUGCCCGUGAUGCGUGAACAUCUUGGAUACAGUGUUCCGACUUCGCACGGUCUUUGAUUGCGUUAAUAAAGGUUUCAUUGUUAA